AUGGCUCCCUUUGAGGCAUCCUGGAGUUCAGAAGAGUUGGCCAAGAACCUGUGUGAUCUUCUUGUGAAGAAAGGGCAACUGAAGGAGAAGCCCGCCUUCAUUCGAACUGAUCGUGAGGCGAAGAUCGCCCAAAUUUUUGAAGCCAUUGGCUUGAAUGGUGCAAAGAUGGAAACCUUCGACAACCCUGGCCCUUUGACUAAGAUUUGCAUGGGUGAUGUGAUGUCAAUUGCACGGAAUGGCGCGUCCAAGGGGAAAAAGAAAGAGAUGGUCCUGGAGACCGCGGAGACCGCGGAGACCGCGGAGACCGUGGAGACCGUGGAGACCGUGGAGACCGCCCAAAAGGUAAAGGAAACCAAGGCUGUGGCGCCGGAUGCCAGCGAUGAGCUGAUAAGGAAUUUUGGAUACGUUCCACGCUGGUGUCUCCGUGAUGAUUUGACCACGGAGGCCGAGAUGAAGACAGCAGUGAGGUCCUCUUCGAAGGAGCUGGAUAAACAAAAUGCACUGUUUGAGUUCAUGCAGACAAGUGUGGCGAAGCCGGAUGAACUCCUGCUAGACGGAAGGUUGCCAUACAAACUCAUGAAGAUAGAUGGCACUGGCCAAGAUUGGGGCACCCAGAGCUUCAUUUCCAAACCUGAAUGGGCAUACAAGCAGUUGGCAAAAGGGCAGACGUGCACGUUUGACCCCAAUGAGAUGAAAGGACGUUUCAAAAGCAGUGGUACUUUCGAACGAGAGCAGACGAAGACCCAAAAGUCCAUGAAGCCCAAGAUUGAGUGCGGAGCUUUGUUGAAAGCGCCAAUCAACUACGGGUCGAUCGACAUGUUCGGACUGAUUGAAGCUGAAGAUACUGGGAAAUGGCAGUUGCUGAUGUUUCAAGAAACAGUUGGACAGAAGCACGGAGAGGCUCAGUGGAAUGACAUCAAAAGCAUUGUUGGUGCUUGUCAGCAGAUAGCAGAAGAGAAGAAAAAAGAACUCGAAUGCCUCUUGAUUUAUUUGGUUCCCAAAGACAGCUACGCACAUUUUAAAUGCCCCGAAUGCAAGGCUUUGAAGGACAAUCAUAUCUCCAUCUCGAAGGGGCGCUUCAAUAUUGAAAUGCCACAUGAGCUUACUGGCUUGAAGACUUGGGAAGAGGCUCUCAAGAAGCCUUGGGACAAACUGAGAAGUGCCUGCAGUAACUCCGUGUGUGGAAAAAGGCAGUUGCAACCUGCAGUUGGUAUGCUGACGUAG